UGUCACAAAAUGUUGCUCCUUAUAAAUGACUUUCUUUCCAUCUUCCUUAGGUUACCUUGGUUACACCAGUGGUCUCUCUUUGCUAUUCAUGGUGUUUUUUCUGAUUGUGGUGAUCAUAAAGAAGUUCCAGAUCCCAUGCCCUCUGCCUCUUCCUGACACUGGAAAUGAAACCAUGUUCAGCAGCACCCCCGACAACGCCACUACAGAUGAUGACACUUGCAAACCUAAAUACUUUGUCUUUAACUCACAGACUGUCUAUGCUAUACCCAUCCUCACGUUUGCCUUCGUGUGCCAUCCUACUAUCCUACCCAUGUAUGAUGAGCUCAAAGACCCCUCACGCCGAAAGAUGCAGAAUGUGGCCAACGUUUCCUUCCUGGCCAUGUUCAUCAUGUACCUGCUGGCCGCCCUCUUUGGAUACCUCACCUUCAACAUCCAUGCAGGUCUGGUGCUUGGUUCUGAGUGGCAUCAGAGGAGCGAGGAGUGUGGCAGUGGAGCAGCUUCAUGACGUAGCAUGGGGCUU